GUUCCCAGGAACAGCUUUUGUUGGGUUUGGUUAAUUCAAUAAUUACUCGAUGCGACUGUAUGGCAAUGCUGCUGAAUGAAUGAAUGGGCCAGGGCCGUGUUUUCUGUCCGCAGGUCACUCACCAUGUCCAGCUUGCUGGAGAUAAAGAGCAGCGUGCUCAGGCAGGUGCAGGCCUGCCCCUCUUUCCGCCGGAAGACUGAGGAGGAACCGGGGAGUGCCAGCACUGACUUGCAGGAGCCUGCCACAGGGGCCUGGAAACCUGGGGAUGGUGUGGAGUUCUUUGCCCAAAUUCGCCUCAUCCUGAAGAAGGGGGAAGGCAGACGGGGCCUGCCAUGCCCUGAGGUCCUCUUGCGCAGCAGCUCACCAGCUCCCGCCGAGCCCAUGGACCCAAACCGGGGCCUGAGAGCCCUGACCCAGGAGGAGGAAGAGAUGCUCUAUGAGGAAGCCUUGUACACCGUCCUUUACCGUGCAGGGACCAUGGGCCCCAACCAGGUGGAUGACCAGGAGGCCCUACUGCGCUACCUUCAACAGGUGUUUGGCACCAGCCCGGAGGAGCACACAGAGGCCAUUGAGCGUGUGAAGAAGGCCAAGGCCCCCACAUAUGCCCUGAAAGUAUCUGUCAUGCGUGCCAAGAACCUGCUGGCCAAAGACCCCAAUGGCUUCAGUGACCCGUAUUGCAUGCUGGGCAUCCUGCCGGGCUCGGGCAACCCACAGGAGCCAGGCCCGCACAAGGAGCAGCGCUUCAGCUUCCGAAAGGGUGCCAAGCGUGGCAGCCCACUGCCAGCCAAGUGCAUCCAGGUCACCGAGGUCAAGAGCAGCACCCUGAACCCUGUCUGGAAGGAGCACUUCCUCUUUGAGAUUGAAGAUGUCAGCACAGACCUGCUGCACCUGGACAUCUGGGACCAUGACGAUGAGGUAUCCCUGAUGGAAGCAUGCAGGAAGCUAAAUGAAGUCAUUGGCCUAAAGGGAAUGAGCAGGUAUUUCAAACAGAUUGUCAAGUCAGCCCGUGCAAAUGGAACUGCUGGGCCCACGGAAGACCACACGGAUGACUUCUUGGGGUGCCUCAACAUACCUGUCUGGGAAGUGCCAGUGGCUGGCGAGGACCGCUGGUUCAAGCUGGAACCACGCUCCAGCGCCUCCCGCGUGCAGGGAGACUGCCAGUUGGCCCUCAAGCUGAUCACCACGCAGAGGGACACAGGCAUGAGCCAGCGUGGGCGGUCAGGCUUCCUGUCCUACCUACUGCUGCUCAGCCGUCUGCUGCAGUUCGAACACCGAGCCCAGGAGCCUAACUCGAGCAGCUGGCGGGGCGAGCUCAGCGGGCCAGCGGCGACCGUGCUCUGCCUGCACGGUGCGCAGAGCAAUCUUUCAGAGCUGCAGCUGGCGGUGCUGCACUGGCAAGUUAGCAGCCGACAUCAUCAGACCUGCACCCUGGACUACGGCUACCUGCUGGGGUUGCUGGAGGACAUGGAGGCGCACUGGGAAGAGGCGGCCUCCCUGCCCCAGGAGCAGGAGGAGAGUCUGGCUGACAGCUUCUCUGCCUUCUCUGAGUUCGCGCUGCGGCUGCUGCGCCAGCUCCGGGACUACUUUCCUGCCACCAACAGCACAGCCGUACACCGCCUGGAGCUGCUGCUGAAGUGUCUGGACAAGCUGCAGCUCUUCCAGCCUUCUUUGCAGAUCUGCCCCUUUGAGACUGAGCUAAACAUGGACAUCGCUGCUGCCCUGAAGAGAGGUAACCGAGAAUGGUAUGACAGGCUCCUGAACACCAAGAGUCCUCGAGAGCAGUCAGGGUUGAAGCGCCUUGCCGGGCUGGUGGAGCUGGUCGACACCGUCUAUGAAGACCUGCAGUCCUGCUAUGGCAUCUAUGCCAGCCUCUUCCACAGCAUCAUCAAGAUUGACUUCUUCACUCUCACUUUCCGGCAGCUGGAGCGUCUGGUGGCUGAGGAGGUGUGGGCGCUGACAGAGGAGCUGAGCCCCAAAAUGACCCUUGAGGUGGCCUCACGACUCUUCGAGCUCUACCUAACCCUGGCAGACAUCCAGCGCUUCUGGAGCAGCAUCCCGGGCCGGGAUAGCCACACCCUGGCCCUGGCUGGCAUCCAUGCCCCAUUCCUGCCUGCUGUGAAGCUUUGGCUGCAGGUACUGAGGGACCAAGCCAAGUGGAGGCUUCAGGGAGCUGUGGAUGUGGACACGCUGGAGCCCUUGGAUGCCUCCUCCAAGCACAGCAGCUCCGCAGCCACUGCAAGUCUCUGCUUCAGCCACAUCCAAGAGCUAUGGGCUUUCCUGGCAUGGCCAGACCCUGCCCAGGCCCAGGGGCUAGGCACCCAGCUCAGCCAGGAUCUGUGCGAGGCUGCCCUUUUCUACACUGAGCUCUUGCGGAAGAAGGUGCACACUCAGCCCAGGGCCACGGGCGAGACAGUGAGUGAGCCGCUCUGCGUGGUCCUCAACAAUGUGGAGCUCCUGCGCAGGGUUGUUGGCCAGGCACUGAGAGGCCUGGCGUGGUCGGAGGGGGAUGCAGGGCUCGAGGUGGGGCUCCCGCGCCCCCUGCUCAGCUGCACACAGGCCCUGGAUGAAGACCUGCAGCGGGAGGCCCGCACCGUGACAGCACACCUGACCUCCAAGAUGGUGGGUGACAUCAGAAAGUAUGUGCAGCACAUCAGCCUGUCGCCUGACUCCAUCCAGAAUGAUGAGGCUGUGGCCCCGCUCAUGAAGUACCUGGACGAGAAGCUGACUGUGCUGAACACCUUGCUGGUGAAGGAGAACCUGAGCAGGGUGCUUGAGGCCCUCUGGGAGCUGCUCCUGCAGACCAUUCUGCAGGCACUGGGUACCAACGUUGACGUCUCUGCUGACUUCUACAGCCGCUUCCACUUUACUCUGGAGGCCCUGGUCACUUUUUUCCAUGCAGAGGGCAAGGGUCUGCCCCUGGAGAACCUGAAGGAUGGAAGCUACAAGAAGCUGGAAGAGGAACUGCGCCUACACAAGUGCUCCACCCGCGAGUGCAUCGAGCAGUAUUACCUGGACAAACUCAAGCAAAGGUCUCUGGAACAGAACCGGUUUGGGCGCCUGAGCAUCCGCUGCCACUACGAGGUAGCUGAGCAGCGGCUGGCGGUGGAGGUGCUGCACGCUGCCGACCUGCUCCCCCUGGAUGCCAACGGCCUGAGUGACCCCUUUGUGAUCGUGGAGCUGGGCCCACCACACUUCUUUCCACUGGUCCGAAGCCAGAGGACGCAGGUCAAGAGCAGGACACUGCAUCCUGUGUAUGAUGAGCUCUUCUACUUCUCUGUGCCAGCAGAGGCAUGCCGCCGCCGUGGCGCUUGUGUGCUGUUCACAGUCAUGGACCACGACUGGUUGUCCACCAACGACUUCGCAGGGGAGGCGGCCCUCAGCCUGGGCAACAUUGGUGGCAUUUUGCGGUCCCAGAUGGGAGGGAGCACUAAGGCAGAGCAGCCCGUCACCCUGCACCUGCGCAGGCCCCGAGCCCAGGUGAAGUCUACACUGAGGAUGCUGGAGGGCCGCACCAACAGGGAAGCGCAGGAGUUUGUCAAGAGACUGAGGGAGCUGGAGAAGUGCAUGGAGAUGGACCCCUGAACCUCUUGCAGCUGCCAGCCCCAGGCCUUCCCCAAGUCCCUGUGGUGUUGUCGUCUCACUGUGGUCAGCUUUGUGCAGCCAGGACUUGCGGUGCCCCCUCCCUGCUACGUGGUGUGCGUGCUGUGGCUGGACGCCCUGACUCUCAUCUGCCUUGGUGUGUCCAUGUGGUGUGUGCUGUGAACUCCUUACACCCAGCAAGCCCCACCCCGAACCCUGGAUCUAGGUGGGCAAUUCAGCAGAGCCUGGCUAGCAGCUGCCUUCCUGGACGCAGAACGGAGCAAGCCUGGUUGCCAGGUGAGCUUGCCCACCUGCUUCCUCAGGUUCCAGAGCCCUAGGGCAGGCUGGUAGGAACAGGAUUCUCAGUGGGUGACUUUGUUCCCCAGGGGACAUUAGACCACAUCUGGGGACAUUAAGCUGCAUCUGGGGACAUUAAGCUGCAUCUGGGGACAUUUUUGGUUAUAACUAGGGGCUGAAGAGGGUGCUACUGGUACCAGUGGACAAAGGUCAGGGAUGCUGCUCAAUAUCCUGCAAUAAACCAGACAGCACCCUCCCCGCAACAAAGAGUGGUCCAUCCCCACUGCCCAGUGUCGCAGCAGAGCUAUUUUAGAGGAAUCUCUGUCUUUAUCUCUCUUGGGGUGGGGGGGGGGCGGUAGUUCACUAGGCUGAGAGGCAGGAAGGUGAGGGUUUGAGUCUGAACAACCCAAGCCUUGGAGAGAAGCAGCUCCGAGGGCCCCAGGUUGAGGGAGAAAGUAAGCAGCUACAGUAUUCUCACCCUCUAUGGGCUCUAGAACCCUAUACCCAGAGGCUGUGUAGUGGAGAGGUUUGCUAAGAACUGCAUAGAUCUCCAGUCCUGGCCCAGGACAGGGUCCCCUGGGUCACUUCUGAGGCUGGUGGGUUAGUGUAAAGGGUUUUAUGCUGAUCGGUCGCCUGUCUGGCUUCUUUCAUGCCACACACACAUAUCCCCACAAGACCUACUCCACAGCCCGCCACCCCUACAGCACCGACCCUUUGAGGCAGGGUCUGCCUCACUAGAGGGUGAGAGUCCCUCCAGCCCCAGGCCAAAUACAAAGAAACAGGCUAACACUGAGGUUUCCUUGCCUGCAGCUUCAUUGGGGGCUCUGAGGCGGGACCCAGAGAAAGGCUGUGAUAGCUUUGGGAGAGAACCCGACAGAGUCCAGUGCUGCCUGGA